AUGAAGGACGACGAGAGAGGAGGCGGGAUGUUCGCCGACACAGAAACCAUACCCAGGGGCAAAUUCGGAAACCUCGCGCAUUCUGAUCCCAACAUUUCCUCCACUAUGGCCUCCGACAUCAACGACUACCCGAUGCGCAACAGCAGCGCCUCCGCCAUCAGCCCCGCCUGCUCCCUCGACCCCAACCGCAUGAGCGGCGAGUGCUCGCCCAUAACCAUGUCUCCCUGGAACCAGACCAGCUCUUCUCCCUUUGCCAAGUCACCGUGGCAGCCGUUCGAAGACAACAACGCCCCCCAGAACGGCCUCAUCGGCUCUCUGGUCCGCGAAGAAGGCCACAUCUACUCUCUGGCCGCCUCCGGAGAUCUCUUGUACACCGGCUCGGACAGCAAGAACAUCCGUGUCUGGAAGAAUCUGAAAGAGUUCAGCGGCUUCAAAUCAAACAGCGGCCUCGUCAAAGCCAUUGUCAUUUCCGGAGAUAAGCUCUUCACGGGUCACCAAGACGGAAAAAUUCGGGUCUGGCGGGUCUCUUCCAAGGAUCCGAGCGUCCACAAGCGCGCCGGGACUUUACCCACCAUGAUGGAUAUUUUCAAAUACUCGGUAAAACCCAGCAAUUACAUUCAGGUCAGAAGACAGAAAACCCUCUGGAUCAAGCACUCCGACGCCGUUUCGUGCUUGAGCUUGAGCGAGGACAAGAAGCUUCUCUACUCCGCGUCCUGGGACCGCACUCUAAAAGUCUGGCGAAUCGACACGUCCAAGUGCUUGGAGUCCAUCCACGCCCACGACGACGCCGUCAACUCGGUCGUUGCCAGCGUGGAGGGGUUGGUGUACACCGGGGCGGCGGACGGGACGGUCAAAGUGUGGAAGAGAGAGCAGAGCGGGAAGAUCAUCAAGCAUUCGCUGGUGCAGGCACUGCUGAAGCAAGAGAGCGCGGUGACUGCGCUGGCCGUCAACGCCUCGGGCUCGAUUGUGUACUGCGGGUCCUCCGAUGGGCUCGUCAAUUUUUGGCAGCGCGAGAAGCAAUUGUCGCACGGUGGGGUCCUCAAGGGUCACAAGCUGGCGGUUUUGUGUUUGGCGGCGGCCGGAAACUUAGUUUUCAGUGGCUCCGCCGAUAAGACGAUAUGCGUGUGGCGGAGGGAGGGAGUGAUCCACACGUGUCUGUCUGUUUUGGCCGGGCACACGGGGCCGGUGAAGUGCUUGGCGGUGGAGCAUGACCGGGAUAUCAAUGCCAACAAGGGCCAUGGGCCGCGGUGGAUUGUGUACAGCGGGAGCCUCGAUAAGUCGGUGAAGGUGUGGGGGGUGUCGGAGCAGGCGCCGGAGCUGACGCCCGUUGCUAUGGUGCAGCAGCGCAUGGGAUUCGAUGCGGACUCGCUGCCGUCGGAUGGUAGUUACUCGUCUUCUGCGGGUCGGGGCAGCAGUCACAACCGGAGGUACUGA